GUCUUGAUAAUGAUGGUCAUAGGCAUGAUGCUAGGAUGGUGAAUCCUUUGUCGACUGGAUCACCGAGAUACAUCAGAGACAUAGUUGGAGGCCCACUAUCUCGGACACACGUCAAAUUGGCCACUGACAAUGCGGCUUCUCCAACUCAGUCACCAGUCCAUCCAUAAGUCUCCCUUCCCCACUACAGCACAGCAUAUAGACUCCGCAACCUAUGAUUUAGGAUGGGACGGCCUUCGGACAACCGCGAUUCCUGACAUCAUAGGACUUCCCUUGUUGGGCUAUUCCCUAUUCCUUAUCAAUGCUACAAAUUCCACAAAGGUCAAAUCUUUCAUCUGUUCGAUGUGCCAACAUUUAUGCCCCAGUUGUAUGAGCUCUAUCACAACCCAGCCGAAAAGAUACACACGUCUGGAUUAUGGUUAUUCACUUUCUGGUCAUUAUUGUCCUUGGUAAAGGGUUUGUGGAAAUAAAUACCAGGGGCAGGGCUCCACCGGGGGGCAAAUAAGUUCAAAAGGGCGUUUCUGAUGCUCCCGGAUUACUGCUAUUUGUGGAGAGACCCAAGCACGUCUGCUGAGCUGCUGAGCUCAAUGGAUCUUUAUUUCCAAUGCAUUGACUGGCGGACCUCUGCGCACAACCUGGAUAGGACAGGCUUUGCGCAUUUUGUUAGUUCACGGCUAUCACACUGGUGUACCCCCCCCUCGAGGCGCUAGGGACUCAGGCAACCGAACGAUAUCGGGGUAUCUGGUGGACGGCUUAUAUUCUCGAAUGCAAGAU